AUGUCGGCGAAGACGGAAUCCACGACCAAGAAGUUCGGCUCGUCCACUCGGGUCGUCCCCGCCGCAUCCCAGAAGGCGCAGAAGUGGUACAACGCCGACGAUGAGCCCGAGGCCAAGAAGGUCCGCAAGGCCGUCCGCCCCUGGACUCCCCGCAAGACCCUCCAGCCCGGCACUGUCCUGAUCCUCCUCGCCGGUCGCUUCCGCGGCAAGCGCGUCGUCCUCCUGAAGACCCUCGAGCAGGGUGUUCUCCUCGUCACCGGCCCCUUCAAGAUCAACGGCGUCCCCCUCCGCCGCGUCAACUCCCGCUACGUCAUCGCCACAUCCUACAAGGUCGACGUCUCCGGCCUCGACGAGAAGAAGAUUGAGGAGAUCGCGCAACCCAAGUACUUCACCGCCGACAAGACCAAGCAGAAGGCUGGUGAGGAGGCUUUCUUCAAGCAGGGAGAGAAGCCCCAGGAAAGCAAGAAACUGACUGGAGUGUGUCUGCAGAAGAAGGAGGUCAACAGCAGCCGUGCGGCUGACCAGAAGGCCGUCGACAAGGCCCUGAUCGCCAGCAUCAAGAAGGUCGAGUUCCUGCCUUCCUACCUGGCGAGCUCCUUCAGCCUGCGCAAGGGUGACAAGCCCCACGAGAUGACCUGGUAA